AGCCGCCUAAGAAGCAUGGUGGAGAGCAAAAGGUGUUUGUUUGUAAUGGAUGAUGUGUGGGAAGUGACACGGGAGGCUUGGGCGGAACUGAUAGAGUUGUUAGAAGGCGUUUCCGAAGGGAGUAAAGUCAUCGUGACUUCGCGUAAUGAAUCGAUCGCCUCAAUCAUGGGCACUGUCCCAUCGCUUAAAUUGGCUGAGCUUUCGCGGGAGGAUUCUUUGACUUUGUUCGUGAAGUACGCGUUCAAUCCAGGGCAAGAGAAGAAUCACCCGGAUCUCAUGGAAAUCGGUAAGGAAAUUGUGAGCAAGUGCAGUGGAAAUCCUAUGGCGGUGAAGGCUUUGGGAAGCUUGUUGUAUGCAAAAAACGAUCGGAGCAAUUGGGAAUAUGUAAGAGAUAGUGAGAUGUGGGAAUUACAAACUGAUAUUUUACCUUCACUAAGAUUAAGUUAUGAUCUAAUGGCGUCUUACUUGAAACGAUGUUUCGCUUAUUGCUCGAUAUUCCCGAAGAAUCACGAGUUCGAAAACUUUGAUCUGAUCCAACUGUGGAUCUCCAGUGGGUUUAUCCAGUCCAGCGGAAAUAGUCAGGAGCUGGAAGAGAUUGGACGGCGGUACUUGGAGGAGCUGCGGUCAAGAUCCUUCUUCGAUGUUGUCGAGGACGAAUAUCCGUUCCAGUCCUUCAGAAUGCAUGACCUCAUUUAAAAACUCGCCAUUUCGGUGGCACAAACCGAAUCGUCCAACAUGAAAGUGUGGACGCAGGAUAUUUCCCCGAGGACUCGGCAUAUAUCAUUUCCCAACCCAUCUCGUGUACCAAAAGAUGAACUAAGCCGCUGCUAUUACAAACUGAGCCGCGUUCGCACCAUUAUAUGUGAGGGGUUGGGAUCCUCUGCCUCUGAGGAGUUCUUUCUGGAGACAUGCAUUUCGCGAUUCAAGCACUUGCGAGUGCUAUGGCUACGUGGCUCUAGCUUUGACAUACUACCUAGUUCCAUUGGCGGUCUGAAGCAUUUGAGGUGUCUCAGUUUAACCGACAACUGCAA